GUGAGAGGGGGAGGGAGGGAGGGAGUGAGGGAGGGAGUGAGUGGCUGUGAGGAGAUGUUGGCGCUCAGGUCCCGCUCGGCUCCCCUCGUGUUGCGCCAACUCGGGAAUGCCACCGGAUCGGCUCCUUCUUAAAUGUGGCAGAGGGUGAGACGAGGAUGGGAGCGAAUACUUCUUCAAAGCGUCCAGUUUUCGACGAGAAGGAAGACGUGAAUUUUGACCAUUUUCAAAUACUACGUGCAAUUGGAAAAGGGAGCUUCGGAAAGGUGUGUAUUGUACAAAAGAGGGACACAGAGAAGAUGUAUGCUAUGAAGUACAUGAAUAAACAACAAUGCAUCGAAAGAGAUGAGGUCCGAAACGUAUUUAGGGAACUGGAGAUCCUGCAAGAAAUUGAAUAUGUUUUCUUAGUAAACCUCUGGUACUCUUUUCAGGAUGAGGAAGAUAUGUUCAUGGUGGUGGAUCUUCUUUUAGGUGGAGAUCUUCGAUAUCAUCUUCAACAAAAUGUGCAGUUUACAGAGGAUGCAGUAAAGCUUUACAUCUGUGAGAUGGCACUGGCACUCGACUACUUACAGAAUCAGCAUAUUAUCCACAGGGAUAUCAAGCCUGACAACAUUCUUCUUGAUGAGCAAGGACAUGCACAUCUGACAGAUUUCAACAUAGCAACAAUUAUUAAAGAUGGAGAAAGAGCAACUGCUUUAGCAGGAACUAAACCAUAUAUGGCUCCAGAGAUUUUUCACUCGUUUGUCAAUGGAGGGACUGGUUACUCAUUUGAGGUAGACUGGUGGUCACUCGGAGUCACAGCUUAUGAACUUCUUCGAGGAUGGAGACCAUAUGAUAUCCAUUCUAAUGUGACAGUUGAGUCCCUCAUUCAGUUAUUUAGCACAGUGAGUGUGCAGUAUACCUCUUCCUGGACAAAGGAAGUUGUAGCUUUGCUACGGAAGUUACUUACUGUCAACCCUGAGCAUCGGGUCGCCAGCCUUUCAGAGAUUCAGAGCUGCCCCUACUUAACCGAUGUCAACUGGGACGCAGUUUUUGAAAAGAAGAUGGAACCUGGCUUCGUUCCGAAUAAAGGUCGGCUGCACUGCGACCCUACAUUUGAACUAGAAGAAAUGAUUUUAGAGUCGAAACCGCUGCACAAAAAGAAGAAAAGGCUGGCAAAGAACAAAUCAAGGGACAACAGCAAGGAUAGCUCCCAGUCAGAUAAUGAGUAUCUCCAGGAGUGUUUAGAAGUAGUGAGACAAGAAUUUAUGAUCUUCAACAGAGAAAAGGAGAAAAAUCAAUGCAAAGUUUUACCAAGAUCAAAACCUACAGUUUGGACUGGCAGCUGUCUUCCUUUUAGAAAAUGGUUGAAAAAAAUGCCAGGAGAGCUGACACCAUCUGUAUCAAGGGCUGAAGCAGUUGCCGAAGAUGAGGGUGAAAGUGGAAACCUGCACAUGUGUAGCUCGGUCUGUUCUUCUACAAGUAGCAGCUAGGACUGAGGUUAGGCUGCUCUUUCCAUUUGUCUUAACGUUUCUCAGGCUGCUUCACUGGGCUAGUAAGCUUAACAAAACUUUUCAACAGCUUUUGAAAACAGAUCGUCCAUGGAACAGUUUUUAGAAGUUGAGUGAAUCACAGUGGGGAUAAAAAAGAGCAUUGCUCAGUGAAUUUAUUUCAUGUAUUUUAGAAAGAAAUGGAUCAGUAAACUGGAUGAUUCUCACGGAAUUGAAAGGUAGAUAUUCUCUAUGCAACCACAUUAUGGCACAUCAUGUCAUGAAUUUAACAGGAAUUUGAAUGCUUAAAACAAGCUUUAUCUGUAUUUCUCAUUAUUUAGUUUUUGUGCUUUGACAAUAAUAUCUUGCUAACAGUAGGUGAAAAUCUUGAUUUAGGAAGGACCAUUGCAUGUAAAAUAUAUUAUUCAAACAAAUUUGGCACAAAAACAGAUUGAUAACUUACAGUCAUUUUAUUACACAUAAGAAAUUGUCAAAAGUAUUGUUGGACUACAUUACCGUACAUUAGAAAUAAACAAUGAUUUCUAUAGCUUCAGAAUCUUUCAUACGGGGAAGGGAGGGAGGGGAGGGUUGGGAGAUAUUGAACUGAAAGGUUUUAUGUGUAAAUAGUAACAGUGUUUCAUAUCCACAGUUUUAUGUGGAAAGCUUUGAUAGGAAAAAGUGUUAUUAAACCAAAUUUUCAUACAAGAGCUUACACUGUUGCUCAAAAAAAAAUCAGAUGUGCAGGCACAACAUGGGUGAGAUGGCCAAAGCUUUUAUAGCACUGACAUUUUCAUUUGGAACAUGCAAUUAGCUGUAUUCCAUUAGCAUAUUACCCAAUGACUUGAAAUGAUAAUAAUACUCAAUUUGUUACAUCAAGUGCAUACUGUCGCUUUGAAUGAUGUACAGUGUGAUCAGUUACAAAAUGUUAUAGCAAAGUAGAAAAAAAUGAAUGAAAUGCCCAUUAUUAGUGUUUGAUAUCAUAGUUGCUUAAUGCAAUAGGCUAUUAUAAUUGAUAGACGAGAUCCUUAAGAGGUUUUCUGAGACUGAGCAUCAGCAGUCAUGUAGCUCAAUUUGCUUGAUGAUACCGAGAAAUCAUUCAGAGAUAACGACAAACAGUAAAUUAUAUUUUAAGAACCUACUGUAUGUAUUCAAAUGUUACUUAUGUAUUUUUUGUUGCAUGGACAGUACAUUGUUUUGGAUUAAAGUCUGGUUUAUCCAAAUUAGUUCAAUUGAAACAAAGGUUUUCAAAAAAACGGUGUAUCUCUGCAUUAUUGAGAUGUUGAAUUUUUAAUAUUGAAAGAAAUGGAGCAUGAUCCAGUUUCUUGCUGUAAUAAAACACAUGCAAAUAAAUUUGUUCUUGUACAUAA